AUGAACAUUCACCGUUCUGGAAUUGAGAUGGAGUGCGCAAUGUUCUCCUCUGUUCUAAAGGUUUCAGCUACUCUCUGUGAUGAGCUUCUAGGCAGACAAUUGCAUUGCCACUGUGUAAAGUUUGGUUUUUUAGACGACGUUAGUGUUGGCACAUCGCUUAUUGAUACGUACAUGAAAGGCAGCAAGAUUACAGAAGGAAGGAAUGUUUUUGAGGAGAUGAAACAGAGGAAUGUUGUUACUUGGACUACUUUGAUAAGCGGGUAUGCUCGAAAUUCGUCGAACGAGGAAGUCUUGAAGUUGUUUUCACGAAUGCAGGAAGAAGGGACUCAGCCGAAUUCGUUUACUUUCGCGGCUGCUCUCGGAGUUUUGGCUGAAGAAGGAGCUAAUGGGAGAGGGACUCAGGUACAUACAGUCGUUGUCAAGAACGGUUUAGAUAAAACAAUUCCGGUUUCAAACUCUCUGAUUAAUCUUUAUCUGAAAUGUGGGAAUGUCAAGAAAGCUAGAAUCUUGUUUGAUAAGGUUGAAGUAAAGAGUGUUGUGACUUGGAACAGUAUGAUCUCCGGUUAUGCAUCGAACGGGCUUGAUUUAGAGGCGUUGAGAAUGUUUCACUCUAUGAGACUUGACCAUGUUCGGUUAUCUGAAUCGAGCUUUGCAUCGGUUAUCAAGCUCUGCGCUAACCUCGAGGAACUUAGGUUCGCUGAGCAGCUGCAUUGCAGUGUUGUGAAAUAUGGGUUCUUGUUUGAUCAGAACAUAAGGACGGCUCUUAUGGUAGCUUAUAGUAAGUGUAAAGCGAUGCGUGAAGCUCUUAGGAUUUUUAAAGAAACUGGUUUCCUCGGGAACGUUGUGUCGUGGACAGCGAUGAUUAGUGGUUUCUUGCAGAACGAUGGGAAAGAGGAAGCUGUUGAUUUGUUUUUGGGAAUGAAGAGGAAAGGUGUUAGCCCAAACGAGUUCACUUACUCUGUGAUUCUCACAGCUCUUCCUGUGAUUUCUCCAUCAGAGGUUCAUGCACUUGUUGUAAAGACUAACUACGAGAGAUCUUCAACAGUUGGAACCGCUCUUCUUGAUGCUUAUGUGAAGUUACGUAAAGUAGAUGAAGCUGCAAAGGCUUUUAGCGGUAUUGAUGAUAAAGACAUUGUGGCUUGGUCAGCGAUGCUUGCAGGGUAUGCUCAGAGCGGAGAGACAGAGGAAGCUAUAAAGAUGUUUAGUGAGCUAACAAAGAGAGGGAUUAAACCGAACGAGUUCACAUUCUCUAGCGUUCUUAACGUCUGCGCUGCUGCUACUGCCUCUACGGCGCUCUUCUAA